AUGGAUGAUGACGACUGUCGAAAUGGCCCUUGCUUAAAUGGAGGUACUUGUGUAGAUGGACCUAGUAGCUUCACUUGUAUCUGUGCACCAGGGUUUACUGGAAAUAUGUGUGCAGUUCAAUUGAACCCAUGCCUUUCAGACCCGUGUUUUAACCAAGGGACAUGUGUCAACAGAGUAACGUCAUUUGAAUGUGCAUGUGCUGUUGGCUUCAUUGGAAUAAGAUGCGAAACAAAUAUCAACGAGUGUGCAAGCAUUCCAUGUGCAAAUGGGGGAUCCUGCAGGGAUGGCGUCAAUCAGUAUGUGUGCUCAUGCACUACUGAUUUCCAGGGUUCUAGAUGCCGAAUAGGUAGAAACAUACCCCUCACUGCAACUCCAACAACCACUACACUAAAUUUUGACUGGCCGGCACAGCCUGGAGUCACUCUAUAUGGGAUAUCUCUCCAAAGUAUCGACGGAAGCUCCACGCCACCUGCCCAAACACUGCCAGGCUCUCAGACGUCUGCAACAUUCACGGGACUUGAACCGGGGAAAACCUACAUAGUUACUCUGGAAACUACUGCGGAUGGGGUUGACUACCCACUCAGUGAAGAUUUUGGAACAACAAUCCUUCCUCCAUGUAACAUUUCACCUUGUUUCAAUGGUGGAACAUGUCAGGAUCAACCUACAGCUGCUCGUGGUUUUAUUUGCCAGUGUACAAGUGCAUUCACAGGGGAUUUCUGUGAACAGGAUGUCAACGAGUGUAACCAAAACCCAUGUGUGAACGGCCAAUGCAUCAAUACAUUUGGCUCUUACAUCUGUAUUUGUGAGUUGGGCUUCCAAGGCACAAACUGUGAAGAGAAUAUCAACGAGUGUCUGAGCAACCCUUGUCGAAAUGGAGGAACGUGUGAAGAUCUGGCCAAUCGAUAUGUAUGUGAAUAUGCUCUUGGAUUUACCGGUACCAACUGUGAAACCCAGGUGGAUGUUUGCGACAGUGGACCUUGCCCCAACGGUGCCACGUGUCUAAAUGCAAUUACUAUAUUCAUAUGCCAAUGUGCACCCGGAUUCCAAGGCACGCGAUGUGAAACAAAUAUUAACGAAUGCUCCAGUCAGCCAUGCAUAAAUGGAGGGACAUGUUUGGACGAUACGAAUAGAUACACCUGCAUGUGUCUACCAGGCUUUGAGGGAACCAGCUGUGAAAGAAGAACUGAUACUUGCAUUAGUAACCCUUGCCAGAAUGGAGGAACAUGUAUCAAUAGUGUUGGAUUUUACAUUUGUCAGUGUGUUCCAGGCUUCCAAGGCACCAACUGUGAAACACAAUCAAUAGAUCCCUUGACACAAUCAUCGGCUUUCACUACGAGACCUGUUACAACAACUGAACCUAAAGCACCAAUUAACUAUACCAUCUACAUCUUAAUGGCGGCUGUUGUACUUCUGCUUAUCCUGGUCAUUUGUUUCCUCCUAUGCUACGUGAAAAAAAUAAAGAGACCAGCAUCAAGUCAGAACGACGCCAGAAAUGAGACGACUGCUGCCGGAGAACGCCGCUCAGACGGAGUACAACUAGACCAUGCAUAUGAUUACCCAUCAGUUGAACUUCGACCUUUACCUUCAACACAAGCAUCAAUACAAUACGGCACCAGGAUUGAGAGGACUGAUGACGGAGAAGACCGCUCAGACGAAGGACAACUAGACCAUACAUAUGCAGAACAGCCUUACAUGGAUAUUAUAUAAAAGGACGCAGUUAUAUAUAACAUGUUCGCAAAGACUUUCAACAAGUUACCUCAAGGUCAAUUUUAAUUGUAUAUCCCAUAGAAGUUACGUGCAGAUUUAAGACGUAAUUGUUAUAUUCGCACAUUUCAAAAUGUGAUGUUCAGGGCCACUGAAAUUGCCUCGUGUUGAUUUUCCGAAAGUCGUUUCCGAAAGUUUUUUUAAUAUUGAACUAUACGUUGAAUAUAUGGAUUUUUGACAACAGUUAACACUUCUCAUUUUUUAUUUAAUUUCGUUUCUGGACUUCAAGAUCUUGCACAUUUCAUGUUCAUUAAAUCAUUGAUCAUUUAUUUUUUCUUUGGAACCUUGUCAAAAAGUAUUCAUCGCAACGCGUCCCUUUCGGUUAAAGACAGUUCAGGUUCUUCGUGAUCUGCGAACGCGCGGUAGCAUAAAUAAAUUUCGUGGUUGUGGUCAAUACAAUAUAAAGUAAUGGAUUAAUUUUCAUCUAAAAAAGUCACUUUGAAGAAAUGACAGAGUAAAAAAAAAAGACUUAGAGAUUUAAGAAUUUUUUCUGUACAAAUUUAAAAUGAUUUAUAGAAAUCAAAAACAUUAGAUAGUGAUUAAGAUUCUUUGUAUUCGUUCUAUUCUAUUAUUUACCAAUUUCUAAUAUAUAUAUAUAUAUUUUGUGUAUUGUUUCAUUUCUCUAUUUUUACAUGCUCUGCUAUUUAAGGGUGAUAUCUACUACUCUGUUUACUUAGAUCAAAAGAUUAACGAAUCAGCGUAGCAUUUGAAAGCACUUCUAUUUGUAUGAAAAGCUAGGUAUUUCAUUUCAGUACAGUUCUUAGUUUGUUAACAGUAAUCGUUUGUUUUCGACUUUCGUUUUUUUUUCUUCUUGGACACUGUACAACAUCUUGUAAUGUUGUGAUGUGAAUUCCGUCGAGUCAAACAUUAUUGUAGGUACUUUGAGGAUCAUUCUAGUUGCUUUGAAGUGAAUUUGGAAGGAAGAAAACCAAAGGUCUUUCGACACCUAAUGCUCAAUAGCUAUUAAAGUGCUCAGACUUUGGAAUAUAUUUGUAAUAAUUAUAAGAAUCAUCAUGUAUGCAUCGAUGUAUAAUUAUAUAUAUUUGUAUCGCUGUACUAUGGUGUACAAACUAUGGCAUGGGAAAUAACAAGGAUAUAAUUUAACUUUAAUUUUCACUACACUCGAGAAAUCACCAAGUGCGAGUACAAGUGAACUCGUGUACAGUUGCAUAGAUUAAUUGCCUUUGGUAAAACACCAAACGAAAAAGAUCGUUUUAGUAACGUAAUCAAAAUAUCAUUCAUACGUUUUCGUGAAGUUCCAAAAUAUUCUAUUCAACUUUUACGAAUAAUUGUAUUUCAACAGUCACAAUUUAAAUUGCAUACAUAAUUUGUUGCUAGGUAGGACAUAACUGAUGCAUAUGGAUACAUAGGUUAUAUUGACAUGUGCUAAUGCGUAAAUGAAUAUCAAAAAGCGCGUCCCGAAAAUAUAUAAAAUGCUGGUAAGGUUACGUAUGCCCCAUCCAGUUAAAGUUAUGAUCGGCAAACCCUCAGACUUGUUUGAUGAGAACGUGGUUCAACAUUAUUCGUGUUAGAACAUUUUCUGCCCGGCACAUGUUCCUAUUUAGAACACGUUCAGAUUACUUAAACCGACGAGUGCCGAAAACAUAAUGUAAACGCACAGCGAGACAAACGCUGGAUACGUGUUCAUGAAAGUCGUCCCUGGAGUUGCCUGUAAUACUUGACAAAAAACAAGUAGUCAAUCCAAACGGCACCGGUGUCGACCCACUUAACACAUUACCUGGCGAGACUUCUUCUAUGUGUAGGGUUGACGAAUUUGCUUUGACUGUUAACAAAUUGUAUGUUAAUUAAAUAGCAUUGGCAUUCGA